UCCACACAUCCAGAUUUUAUUUGGUGUUUUGUUAUGAAUCUUUGUCAUUUGACAGUUUAAGAGUAUUGGAAAUUUUACGGUUGUUUCUUCCUUUCCAAGUAACCUAAUGAAUGAAAGCCAACUUGGGGACGAUGAAGACCGCCACCAGCAGCGUACAACCAUCACCUCUCCUGAAGACUCCGUCAAAAAUGACAAAAAAAAGAAGUUCAAUAUUCCAAAGAUUUUUGCUUCUAAGAGACGAGGUAGAGGCGGCUCAGACGAUGAUUUUGCAUCACCGGAUUGUGAUAAAAUUUCUGCCGAUUUGGAGAAGAAGAUUAAGAUCGCAUCAACCAACAAGGACUUUUUGGAAGCCUCUUCUCGCAUAAGAAGAAAUUUCUUAGAGAGAAGAGAAAGUGGCGGGUUAAUCGAAGGGCUGAAUCUCUCAAAUUUCGAGUGUUCCAUGGCAUCGGUGACUGAAAUUCGAGAUUUUCGGAUAUUUGUUGCAACCUGGAAUGUGGGAGGGAAGACACCCAACAGUGACAUGAACCUGGAAGAUUUCUUUCUAAUGGAGGGCUCUGCAGAUAUAUAUGUUUGUGGGUUUCAAGAAAUUGUUCCGCUCAAUGCUGGAAACGUUCUAGUUAGUGAAGAUAAUGAACCUGCUGCAAAAUGGCUGGCCCUUAUAAACCAAGCACUUAACAAGCCGCAUCACAGUCCCAAGCACUUGGACUCUCGCAAUGACUCGAAAACCUCUGAUACUAAUGCCUCCAAGGAGUUGAAAUCACCAACCAAUCCGCACAUUUUUGACAAACCUGUGCUCAAGAUCCUGAGUAAGAAUUUCAUGGCUGGGAGUAGCCUUCUCAAGACUUGCAACUGCCUUGUUGAAUCCACAAUUGGGGAGGACAGAAGGCAAAAGACGGUUCAGAAUUUAGCAAAUGAUCUAGACAUUAGUCACUUACCUGUGGCUUCUGAUACUAGUAUCGGUGAAUUGGUUGCACUGUCUGAGAUAUUCCCACUUUGUACAACUGAAGAAAUGAAUUACCGCCUUAUCACCAGCAAGCAGAUGGUUGGACUGUUCCUCUCGAUAUGGGCUAGAAAGGAGCUGAUGCCAUACAUUGGUCAUGUCAGAGUAUCCUCUGUAGGAAGAGGUAUAAUGAAACGCCUUGGCAACAAGGGGUGUAUAGCAAUAAGCAUGUCAUUGCACCAAACAAGCUUUUGCUUUGUGUGCUGUCACUUAGCUUCGGGUGAAAAAGAAGGCGAUGAACUCAGGAGAAACGCUGAUGUUUCUGAGAUUCUCAAAGGCACACAGUUCCCGAUCAUUUGCAAAACUCCGAAUCAUCGAGCCCCAGAGAAAAUCAUUGAGCACGACCGAGUAAUAUGGCUUGGAGAUUUGAAUUAUCGAGUAGCCUUGAGCUAUGAGGCAACCAGGAACUUGUUGGAGGAUAAUAACUGGGACACCCUUUUGGAAAAUGAUCAGUUAAACAUGGAGAGAGAAGCAGGAAGAGUAUUCAAUGGUUUCAAAGAGGGACGAAUACUCUUUGCUCCUACUUACAAGUAUUCAUACAAUUCGGAUUCAUACGCAGGAGAAAAUGGCAAAUCCAAGAAGAAACGAAGAACUCCUGCAUGGUGUGAUAGGAUACUAUGGCGAGGUUCUGGAAUCGAGCAAUUAUCGUAUUUCCGUGGAGAGUCUAGAUUUUCUGACCACAGACCUGUUUCUGCUCUUUUUUCUGUUGAGGUCAUAGUAAGAAGGAAAUACGAUAAAUUCAGGAAAGGUUAUUCAUGUGGUUUAAGGAGAUUUGAGUAUGAAGAAUGCAUACCUCGAAGGCAUAGUUUCUAUGAGUGCUAACUUAAAAAGCUUCAUUUUGCUUAUUUUGAUUUAGAUCAUUAAACUUCUCACAUGUAUUUCGUUUUCCUCUAAAAUACAUGCACAUAUCUAUUGAUGUAAAGCAACUUCCUCAUACAACAUAAAGGGAGAUUAAUAUCA